CUGACACCAGUGGAGCAGAGGGAAAACUCACACUUGCACAUAUUUGUGUUGCUGGAAGCUGAGAAUAUGCCAAGGACUUCCUGAACACUUCAACUGCUCUGACUUCACAAGUUCAUUGCCGAAUCAAGUGUUUGCUAAAACUCUGGGCAACUUAAAAUGAAGCAAUAUUCAACCUUCCAAGGAUUAAAAGCAAUAAGAGGGUAUGAGAAGCAGAGGAACAUUCUACAGACAGACAACACUCAAACCCAAGAGAAAAUCUGACCUGGUCUCCAUCAAGGUCUUCUGUCUCUGCAGUGAUGAAGGACCGCAUGGAGGAGCUACGUCAGCAGAUGAAGGCCAGCGAGAAGGUGCUGGACAACCACCCCUUCAGUGAGGAGGAGGAGGACAUGGACCCAUCCUCGCUGAUAGGCCUGCAGGCCGUGAUCUUCGAGGCAGAGCCCGUCCAGGACAGCUUCCUGAAGGAGGCUCAGAGCAUUCACAACAGCAUCGAGGAGCUCAACUCUGAAGUCCGUAAGUUCGGUCAGCAGCAGAGAAACUUCAUGGCCACUAUCAGGCGAUUCAGCACCAUGAAAAAGGAGAGCAGCGUGACGCGAGACAUCAAGUUGAUGGCUGAGAGCCUGCAUAAAAGAUUAAAUGCGCUUUCCAAGAAGGCUAAGCAAACCGAGGCCGAGCUAGGCCCGGACGUGGCCACGUCCCGUAUCCAGAAGGCCCAGCACGCAGCCCUCUUUCACCAGUUCCAGCAGGUAAUGCGCCAACACAAUGACGCGAUCCUGAACAAGCAGCACAAAUGCAAGCAGUUCAUCAUCCGGCAGUUGGAGGUAUCGGGCCGCGAGGUGUCCGAAGACGAGGUGGACGACAUGAUCGAGCAGGGCAAGUGGGAGAUCUUCAAUGAGAACAUCAUAGUGGAUGCAAAGAUCACCCGAACGCAGCUCUCAGAGAUCGAGCAGCGCCACAAAGAGCUCCUGAACCUGGAGAGCAACAUGAAGGACCUGCGAGAUCUCUUUCUAGAAGUGUUCAUGCUGGUGGAAGAGCAAGGCCAUCAGAUCGAGAACAUACAAGCCAAUGUGGAGAAGACGCAAGACUAUGUAGCGGUCACGAAGGAGAAGUUCAAAACGGCGGCGAGAUACAAGAAGAAGAACCCUCUCAGAAGACUGUGCUGUUGUUGCUGUCCUUGGUUCAGAUAGCAGGGCAAGUUUGGCAGAAUGAACUAUGGGAAUGUUUCUCAUUUGCUGUUCUCUCAAGGGCAGAGUACACUAACUGCAGACACUGACCUCUGUCUGAUGAAGAUAAAAACCAAGGGCACAAAGCACUUUUGGACAAUAUUAAAACAGGAAGGCUUCAUAGCAAUGGAGACAGUUGGGUGUUGACAUGGAAUAUGAAUGCUUAUAUAAAGAUUUCACAAAAGGUUAUUAUGUCGUCACAUCACUUCAAAUUAUGGCAGAGAUAAUCAAAGGUAAAGUUUGUUUGUAUUUUAUUAUUGUGGGAAAGGUGCACUAUUUUAGAUGUUAGUUCAAUUUGAUUUAACUGACUUCUGUUUUUUCCCUUUCAGUAUUAUUUUAAAUUGAUAUUUUUUUUAUUGUCUGCUUUAGAUUGAUCAAAUAACUGAGAAAAUCACAUUCUUUCUUAAGAGACAAGACUGAGCAAAUAUGCCUUAUAUUUUCAGGUAAAAAGCCUACUGAAAGAUUUCUGCAAGUCUGCAUCUAAGGGGGCAUUUGCACAACACUGUUUUCAACUAAAAAUGGGAAAAAAAAGUAUGCGUUUUGGCUAUUCAUUUACACAAUAAUGGCAUUUUGGGUGCCUGAAAAUGCAAACUUCACGAAUGGGUUAAAUUACCCUCUUAAAAAAAUGUAUAAUAAUAAUAAUGUGCAUGCAUAUUACGUUUUUAGUAAAUCGUUGUUGUGUAAAUGUACCCAAUUUUUUUUUUAAACAGAAAAGCUUUUCCUUUGUGUUUUUGAAAAGUUUUGCACACAGCUGACCGUGUUGUCUGAAAGUUUACAUGGUUCUGUGAAAACUGAACUGAAACUGCUGUAAUGUGAAUCCCAGGCCAAUAGAUGGCGAUGUCUCUUGAUAAAGAAACACUGUGCUUCUGCACAUAUUCACAUUUCUCCAAAUUCA